CUCACAGAGAGCCACCCUCCCUCCCCCAUACUGUGGGCUGUCUGUCCCAGGGGACCAGGCUCUGCUUCCUUGGCAUGGGGGUGAAGAGGAGCCUUCAGACUGGAGGCAAUUUGCUUAAUCUCUUGACCAGCAUCCUCACAAUACUGUCCACUGCUACCAACUACUGGAUCCGACAACAGGGAGGCCACAGUGGCCUGUGGCAGGAGUGUAGCCAUGGCAUCUGCUCCAACAUUCCCUGCCAGAACACCCUGGCGGUGACCGCAGCGUGCAUGGUAUUGGCAGCAACCUUCAGUAUCAUAUCUUUGGGGUUGGGGAUGAGGAUUCGGUGCCAAGAGGGCGAGUCACUGCGUAGCCAGAAUGCCAUUGUCUUACUUUUUCUCAGCGGGCUCUUGCUGCUGAUUGCAUUGGCUGGAUACACUGCAAAGAAUGCCUGGAAGCCGGAAGUCUUCUUCUCCUGGUCCUACUUUUUCGGAUGGCUGGCUUUACCCUUCUCGUUUCUUGCGGGUAACCAGCCCAAGGGGAAGAGGGUGGAGACUACCCCUCUAGAGGACUCCCCACCCCAGAAACUUCCCAGUCACCUGUUCUCCCAGGAAAGCCCACAAUGACUUCCAGGGACUCCCCAACACCUGCACUCCAGAUUCCAGCACACCCGGUGGAGACGCCCUUGGAGCCCCCAUCCCUAGUCCCCAGGCAGGCCAGGUCAU